CAGGCGGGAGGCGCGCAGGGCCUCGUCUCGCCCGCGCACAGCCAGGAGGAAGGAAUGAGAGUUUUGUGUUAUGGCUGCUCCAGGAAAGGUGGCAGCUUUCCGUCUGCCUCCCCUGCCAACUAUUGGAGAGAUUAUUAAACUCUUUCGCCUUAAAGCACUGAAACAGCUUUCCCAGAACUUUCUACUGGAUUUGCGAUUGACAGACAAGAUAGUGAAACAGGCUGGUGAGCUGAAGAAUGCCCAUGUUUGCGAGGUGGGCCCUGGGCCAGGAGGAAUUACCAGAUCCAUUCUCAGUGCUGGUGUUGAACAACUCCUUUUAAUUGAAAAAGAUGCUCGAUUUAUUCCAGGAUUGCAGAUAUUAUCUGAAGCAGCUCCAGGAAAAGUGCGCAUUGUUCAUGGAGAUAUCCUGACCUACAAGAUGGAGAAGGCUUUUCCAAAGCACUUAAAAAAGAACUGGGAGGAUGAACCACCAGAUAUACAUAUCAUUGGGAAUCUGCCCUUCAGUGUUUCAACUCCUCUCAUCAUCAAGUGGCUUGAGAAUGUUUCAAAAAGGGAUGGACCUUUUAUUUACGGCAGGACACAGAUGACACUGACUUUCCAAAAGGAAGUUGGGGAGAGACUCACAGCUAAUCCAGGAAGUAACCAACGCAGCAGACUGUCCAUCAUGGCUCAGCAUCUCUGCACGGUGGAAAACUGUUUCAUAAUUCCAGGUCAAGCCUUUGUUCCAAAGCCAGAGGUGGAUGUGGCUGUGGUGCAUUUCACUCCACUGGUGCAACCAAAGAUCCAGCAGCCAUUUGAGCUGGUAGAAAAGGUGGUUCAAAGUGUUUUUCAGUUUAGAAGAAAAUAUUGCUUCCGUGGAAUUGAGACCUUGUUUCCUGAAAAUGGGCGCUUGAAAAGAACAGAACAGCUGAUGAUGACAGCAGAUGUUGAUCCAACUCUGCGUCCUUUUCAGCUCUCUAUGUCACAGUUUAGAAACUUGUGCAAUGUAUACAGGAAAAUGUGUGAUGAAGACCCAAGCCUUUUUGUGUUCAACUACAGAGAAGAACUACGGCAAAAGAAGAAGACAAGAAGUUUACUUGGAAGUACUGGUCAACCUGAACAGACUGAAGAGGAAAAUCAGCUGUAACAGCACAAGUCUGAUUUUUUUUAUUAGUUUUGCUCCUUGAUCUACAGAUGUUGACUCAGUAAAAGAAAGUCUAGAUGGUCCUACAUCUAGGCAGAUACGAAAGACCUACUUUUGAGAAAGUGGUAGAGAGAGAGGGCAUCUCUCUGUUCCAAUCAGCAGCAGACAAAAGGGAAAAGGCAAUCCAAGUUCUUUUUACUUCAGGGGAGUGGCUAGAACACAUACGAAGAAACAAGGUACGUUGUGAGAAAGGUAAUUAAGCUGCAAUACUUCUGAUGUAAUUGAAUUUUGUAUGAAUGAAAGUGCUUUACUGAUAUUGAAGAAAAAUACUUUUCAGACAUCACUACAUAAGAUGGCAUUUGGGUUUUUGUGCUUUUUUAUCCUGGAACAUCCUCCUGUGCAGAGUAAGUUAAAAAACAGAAGCCAAGACUCUUAUAAAUACACUCAAGUGACUGGCUUACUGGAGGAUAAAGUGCACCAAUUGCCUCAAGGUCUGCUAAUACUCUUCUCAUUUAUGCAGAAGCAAAGAAUUUGGGAUUUAAAGCUCCAACUACAGAAAAGCAGCACAAU